AAGUGGUUCGAAAGCAGAGCAAGUUAGAAUAAAUGGCUGAUUGGGGGCCUGUGGUGAUAGCAGUGGUUCUGUUCGUGCUGUUGACGCCGGGGCUACUGUUCCAGCUACCCGGGAAUAGCAGGGUGGUGGAGUUUGGAAAUAUGCAGACAAGUGGGGUCUCCAUUUUUGUUCAUACCAUUCUCUACUUCGGCCUCAUCACCAUUUUCCUCAUCGCCAUUGGAGUUCACAUCACCACAGGAUAGGAUACUCACCUCUUUGAUUCAUAGUAAUCUUCUUAUCCUGAAACAACAUGAAAAAGAAAGGAAUCAUCACCUUCUAUGGAAAUUCCUUUUUAGAUUCUGUUUUAAUGUUUUCCUCUGAAUUUGUUACAUGUAUUUUUAUUUUAUUUUUUGUUUCUUGUGGUGUUUGGCUUCCUGGAAAAAGAAUGACACUUGAUAUUGGAUCAAGUGAAGGUGAUGCAGCAGAUACUUUAUUUUAUAUGUGCGAAUCCUUUUUGUUAUAUCC